AUGGCAAACAAUACUCUCUGUGUGGGAGAAACGCUUACAGCUGGAAGCUUUCUCAUUUCAACCAACAACCGGUUCAAGCUCCAGGUUCAAAAAGAUGGGAACCUUGUGCUAUACCGACUUUCGACAGGCUUCAACGGCCAGGAGGUAAUGGCGGCUCAAUGGGCGUCACACACGUGGCGCGAAACGCACCCAAACGCCACUGAGCUAAUCAUGCAAGAAGAUGGCGACCUGGUUCUUUUCCAGAGUCGGCCUGGAAGAGAAGUUGCCUGGUCCACAAAAACGGGUGGCCGGGAUUCUCGUGACGCAUAUGUGAUGCUCAACGACAACGGCGAUUGGGGCGUGUAUUCAUCAAAACAACAGGGGAAAAUGUUCUUCAGGGCUGAUUCAGCUGAGGUCAUUUCUACAGCCGGCGUCCUCCAGCAAAAUUCUAGUCCAAGCCCAAACCUUCUUGCUGGCAUUGACGUUGGCAAGUUGAUUAUCUCGGGGAUAGUUCAGGGACUUUCGAUGGUCGAAGGGGGAGGGCUUAUCACUGGGAUCGCGGGCUUGAUCUGGCCCGACUUGUUCGAUGAGACAUCAGCUGCGAUGCGCGCUCUCGAGGAAGGAUUGAAGGACUUCGCUCGGGAUCUGAUAGAUCAAAAAAGCAUCGAAACUCUCAGGAAAAAGACAAGGGGUCUUGUGGAUGCAUACAGACAGUACGACGCUCUGUCACCCGGGGAGGACAAGGCGGAGUGGCUGAACGCCCUUCUGGUCUGGUUUACCACAAACAGGGAAUUCUAUUGCGACACGGAUUCUCCUGCAAAAACGCUCCCAUAUUUUGUCACAAUGGCUACAAUGCAUUUGGCUGUCUUGAGAGAUCGAUCUUAUCGAUAUACGGAGAUAACAAAGCGCGAACCCAACCAACACGAUCUCGUGGGGUUCAGGGCUGCCCUGGAAAAGUCCAUUGCCGAAUAUUCACAGAUGGCAUCUAUUAUACGACAGGACUGCAUGAAAUGGCGUCGCAAUCAGGUACAGGACGGCGAGGAAUGGACAUUGGUCAAGUCAUUCGGAGACUCAGCCACCACAACCGUUCACGACCCUUUACGUUCAAUCACUGCCAGUUUCAAAUACUUUCGAGGCGUUGGUCAGCUCAUAGAUGAACGGGGUGACCAACAAAAACUCUCUCGUAACCUGAUCCGUUGGGUUACAGUCGAGUACCAAAGACAACUUGACGACGUUUUAGCACCUAUAUACCAUUGGGAUAAUUUCCGGUACAGCACUCCCGAAGAAUGCAAGCCAGUGAAAAUAAAUGUCUCGAUUCUUGGAGGACCCUGGGGUGAUGGCUCUUCAAUGAACAUGGAGUGUUGGGAUGAUGUAGAACAAUACACCAAGUUCGGCCGCAUCACUCGUAUCGACCUCUAUUCUGGAAACGAUGUUGAGGGCCUUGAGGUAUGGUAUGGUGGUCAUAGUAGCGGACUGCGAGGUUCCGCUAGCGGUACUCGACACGUUCUUGAAAUUGCACCCAACGAAUCUGUCGUCUACUUUUCAGGGACUGCUCAUACAUAUGUUCAAGGCUUGUAG